AUGAAGGCCCUCUUUCUUUUUGCUGUCCUCUUCUGUCUGGUCCAAGGCAACUCAGGGGAUAUGCCACCUGGAAUUAGAGAUGUUAUCUGCCUUACACAACAUGGGACAUGUAGACUUUUCUUCUGCCAUUUUGGUGAGAGAAAGGCUGAAAUCUGCUCCGAUCCCUGGAACAGGUGCUGCCUACCAAGUACAGAAGCAGAAAUUAAAAAUAAACAAGAGACAAAUGACAGGAACAACAAAGCUAAGACCUAA